AUGCCACACACACCUCCCGUCACUACUCAUGGAACACCACCCGCCCACCGCAGCUUAUUUCCCACCAUCACCCACCGUACACCUCCCCACCACACUUCCCAACACCACCCAUCGCUCACCACCCACCUAUCGCACGCCACCACCCACCCAUCCUUUUCUCACGCCCAUCGCACACCACUACCCAGCCUUCCAUGCUACUGGCCCAUCGAACACCACCAUCCAUCUUUACCACCCACCCAUCGCACACCACCACCACCCACCCACCCAUCGCUCACCACCACCAUCCACCCACCUAUCCCACAUCACCACCACCCACCCAUCCAUACCAUCCACACCACCCACCCAUCCAAACCAUCCACACCACCCACCCAUUGCACUCGUCAUCCCUGA